ACUAAAAAAAACGCGAGUGAUUUUCCUCCCUCCAAUAAUCUCCCAACUUUCUCCAUCAAACUCCACCUCCUUCUUCAACCUUUUUCUAAACUAUUCACUUUCCGUUAAUUUAUUUUCUUAAUUUCACCAUUAAUUUAUUUAGAGCUUCUCUUUUCUUUCUUUUUAUAUUAUUUAUUUUUAUCUUCAAAAAAAUUCCAGAAAAUUGAGCUUAGAACCAUGAAUUUGAGCUCCAUUAAUGGCGUUUCGAAAAAUUUCUCUGAUUCAGAUCAAUCUUUGGAUACCCCAACUUACCAAAACAGAAAACGCGGUUCACGGAAACGGGCAACUAGGGUUUCACCUUGGAAACGUUUUAAAGGAUUGGGUUUUUUGAUUGGAUUGUUGGGUUUGUUCUUCCUUGUUAAUUGGUGGAUGCUUUCCCGCCUUAAUCAUUCUGGGUCUGGUCCAGAAAUUAGUUCUUCUGCAGAAAAUUCCAAGUCUUCUGUGGUUAUUAAGGAAGAUUUGGGAGACAUAAUUAAAGUAAAUAAGCCUCAAAAGACACCAUUUGGCAGGCUGUUGAAAUUGGCUGCGCAUGCUUUGGCAGAGGGACAAAAUAAGCCAGAACCGAAAGGGUUGUGGGAAGAGCCUUAUGAUCGCGCUUCCAACUGGAAGCCCUGCGCUGAGGAACGUGAUUGGGAACCUAGUGAGGGAAACAAUGGAUACAUUAUGGUUACUGCUAAUGGUGGGUUGAAUCAACAGAGAGUUGCGGUGUGCAAUGCUGUUGCUGUUGCACGAUUACUUAAUGCAACUCUCGUACUUCCCAAAUUUAUGUUCAGCAGUGUUUGGAGAGAUGUGAGUCAAUUCGGCGAUAUCUAUCAGGAGGAGCAUUUUAUCAACUACUUAAAACCUGAUAUCCGGAUAGUGAAGGAACUGCCUAAAGAACUGCAGUCUCUUGAUCUGGAUGCAAUUGAUAGUGUGGUGACUGAUGAAGACAUCAUGAAGGAGGCGAAGCCAAGCUAUUACCGCAAAAAUAUCCUUCCUCUCUUGUUAAAAAACAGAGUCCUCCAUUUUCUUGGAUUUGGAAACCGCUUGGCAUUCGAUCCAGUUCCAUCUCAGCUUCAGAGACUCCGAUGCAGAUGUAAUUUUUAUGCACUGCAAUUUGUCCCUAAGAUUCAAGAAGGUGGUGCGUUGAUUCUACAAAGAAUAAGGCAAAACUCAUCAUAUGCUGGACCGUUGGAUAAUUAUCUUCUGGGUCCACAUGCAAAGAAAAUGGUGAAAGGAAAAAGAGGUCAUUCUGUGAAAGGCCCAAAGUACCUUGCUUUGCACCUGAGAUUUGAAAUCGACAUGGUGGCUCAUUCACUUUGUAAUUUUGGUGGGGGUGAAGAAGAGAGGAAGGAGUUGGAAGCAUAUCGCCAGAUUCAUUUCCCUGCAUUGACACGUCUUGAGAAGAAUGACAAGUUACCUACUCCUGAUGAACUUAGGACAGAAGGUCUUUGCCCUUUAACACCUGAAGAAGCAGUACUUAUGCUUGCCGCUCUGGGUUUCAACCGUAAGACGCAUAUAUUUCUUGCGGGUGCUCAAAUUUACGGAGGACCAUCAAGGCUGGCUUCCUUAACCAGCCUGUAUCCACAUUUGGUUACAAAAGAAAAUUUGCUUUCACCAUCCGAACUUGAACCAUUCAAGAAUUUUUCAUCUCAGUUGGCAGCACUGGACUUUAUAGGUUGCACAGCAUCCUCAGCCUUCGCCAUGACAGACUCUGGGAGCCAGCUGUCAGCUCUAGCUUCUGGUUUUCGGAUGUAUUAUGGGGGAGGACAGAUGGCAACAAUACGGCCAAACAAACGGCGACUUGCAGACAUAUUCUUGAAAAAUUCCACUAUAGAAUGGAAAGUUUUUGAACAGAGAGUGAGGAAAGCAGUGCGACAAACUAAACAAGUCCACCGACGGCCAACAGCAAGGAGUAUAUAUAGGCAUCCGCGUUGCAAAGAGUGUAUGUGCUUGUUGGAGUAGUUUUCUGUAGUUACCAGCCAGAGAAUAUUUGUUGUACAUUAAUAUUUUUCAAGUUAUAUAUAUCCACCAUUGUUCUUGCAUAGAUUACAAGGUACACUGAUUUUUUCUACCCAUCAGAGGGAAAUUACACAGUACAAAGUGAGUUCCACUUUGGCAAGCAGCGAGUUCUGAUUGUGUUGAGUUGUAGUGUUGUACCAUUCCUGUACGAUACACUAAUACAGAUUUUUUAUUCAAUGCUGAAGAUGUUAUUUCUGUUUGUUGCGUA